CGUCCCGCAGGUCCGCCAUAUUGUCUGCUGAAGCUACCGCAGCUGCGGCCGCCAAGUCUGAGCGAGCGGAGCCGCGAUGGAGACCAUGGCGAGCCCAGGAAAAGACAAUUAUCGAAUGAAAAGCUAUAAGAACAAUGCUUUGAACCCUGAGGAAAUGAGGCGAAGAAGAGAGGAAGAGGGCAUUCAGCUUCGGAAGCAGAAGCGGGAGCAGCAACUUUUUAAACGAAGAAAUGUGGAGCUGAUUAAUGAAGAAGCUGCCAUGUUUGAUAGUCUCCUCAUGGACUCUUAUGUGAGCUCUACAACUGGGGAGAGUGUGAUCACAAGAGAGAUGGUGGAGAUGCUCUUUUCUGAUGAUUCUGACUUGCAGUUAGCAACCACACAGAAAUUCCGAAAACUGCUCUCCAAAGAGCCUAGUCCUCCAAUAGAUGAAGUUAUCAACACUCCAGGAGUAGUUGAUCGGUUUGUAGAGUUCCUGAAGAGGAAUGAAAAUUGUACAUUACAGUUUGAAGCUGCCUGGGCUCUAACAAACAUUGCCUCUGGAACCUCUCAGCAGACCAAAAUUGUCAUUGAAGCAGGAGCCGUUCCCAUUUUUAUAGAGCUGCUUAACUCAGACUUUGAGGAUGUACAGGAACAGGCAGUCUGGGCUCUAGGAAACAUAGCUGGAGAUAGUUCCAUUUGCCGAGAUUACGUCUUGAACUGUUCCAUCCUUAAUCCUUUAUUAACACUCCUUACCAAGUCCACACGAUUGACAAUGACACGGAAUGCAGUCUGGGCCCUGUCAAACCUCUGCCGAGGAAAGAACCCACCCCCAGAGUUCGCAAAGGUCUCUCCUUGUUUGCCUGUAUUAUCUCGCCUACUCUUCAGCAGCGACUCAGACUUACUGGCAGAUGCUUGCUGGGCUCUCUCUUACCUGUCUGAUGGCCCCAAUGAGAAGAUCCAGGCGGUCAUAGACUCUGGAGUCUGCCGGCGAUUGGUAGAGCUUCUGAUGCACAACGAUAACAAAGUGGCUUCUCCUGCCUUGAGAGCUGUGGGUAACAUUGUCACUGGGGAUGACAUCCAGACCCAGGUCAUUCUUAACUGUUCAGCCCUCCCUUGCCUCCUCCAUUUGCUGAGUAGCUCCAAAGAGUCAAUCCGGAAGGAAGCUUGCUGGACCAUUUCAAAUAUCACUGCUGGCAACAGGGCUCAAAUACAGGCUGUCAUAGAUGCAAAUAUCUUCCCUGUAUUGAUUGAAAUCCUUCAGAAAGCAGAGUUUCGUACAAGGAAAGAAGCAGCCUGGGCCAUCACCAAUGCCACAUCAGGAGGAACCCCUGAGCAGAUCAGGUACUUGGUGUCACUGGGCUGCAUCAAACCCCUGUGUGACUUGCUGACUGUAAUGGAUUCGAAGAUUGUGCAAGUAGCCCUCAAUGGACUAGAGAACAUUCUGCGGCUUGGAGAACAGGAGGGCAAGCGCAGUGGCUCAGGAGUCAAUCCCUAUUGUGGCCUCAUUGAGGAAGCCUAUGGCUUGGAUAAAAUUGAGUUUCUCCAGAGCCAUGAGAACCAGGAGAUCUACCAGAAGGCCUUCGACCUUAUUGAGCACUACUUUGGUGUAGAAGACGAUGAUAGCAGCCUGGCUCCCCAAGUGGAUGAAACGCAACAGCAGUUCAUCUUCCAGCAGCCUGAGGCCCCCAUGGAGGGCUUCCAACUAUAAUGUCUGCCUCCGGGGAGGGGAGGGAAUGGGAAGCACCACCAACCAGCAGAGGAGCAGCCCUCUGGUGGGCGGGAAGCCAGCCCCCCCACCAUCAGCCACCACACACCUGCUGCCCUGGAGACUGUGCUCUUGACCUGCUCUUCCCCCUUCCCUGGAGGGAGCACCCUCUGGACUGACAGAACCAUCUGAGGCUCACAUUUGGGUUUUGUGACAAGAAGGGGACGUGUUGGGUUUUUCUUCCUUACACUAUAUUUUGGCUGCACACAUGUCUUUAACCCAUGAGCCCAGGGGUAGACGAAGGAGGACUGAGGUAAUCAUUUUGCACCUUUUUUUUUUUUUUUUUUUUUUAAUUUUUAUUUUUUUCUUUUUAUCUUAGUGGUGACUUCCUUCCUUUUAUCUUCCCUCAUCUUUCCCAGUCCUCUGCCCUUAUCUGUGUAAUUCUUAUCUUGGGUACUUGAGCAGAUGGAAUAUUCCAGAGGUGGGAGGUGGGAGGGGAGGGGAGAAAUCCAAAACAAAGUGUUCUUGCUCUGACAGAAUAUUAAUCUUAUAUGCUUGGAUUGAGUUAUUUAAUUUUUUUUUUCUUUUGCACAUUUUUCUUGUAUUAAGGUUGCUCUUCCCAAGAGCCAUGAGUUCCUGAUUUUGGGAAUCCCAGCUGCCAGCAUUGUCUGGGACUAGAGGCUGAUGGGGAGGCCACCAGAAAUAAAGGCCCCUCUCUCCUCUGAACCUUUACCCAGAUCUCUUUAAUUUGGGAGACCCCCUCACUCCCCUGGGACAAGUACACCCGUGGGAGUAGAGGGAAGGAGCACAGGCCUUCAGACAGGGCUUCUCAUGUGUAGCUACUGACCCCAUGUUUCCUACCCAUCUUCUGAAUGGUGCAACCCAACUUCAUUUGUUUACUUGAAAAUUCCCCUCAGGGUUGAGUGAACCUCUGAGGUGACUGUAUUUUCUUCUAAGCUCAAGACAGGGGGCUAUGGUCCUUCCUUUCUCCUGAGGAGAAAGUCCUUGCUCUGGUGACCCAUAAGUUGCAGAGGAGAUUGGAGUGAGAGUGUCAUGUAUUGGGAUAGUCAGGGAUCCCUGCCCUUAGCCUUUCUUCUUCCUCUUCCAUAGUUGGAUCAUGUAUAUUUUACUUCCAAAGGAGAGAAUGUCAAAAUGUUCUGUAUUUUUUUAUAUUCUAUAUAAUUAGGUAGGUCAAUCUUAAUUGGUCUUAGGAGGAACUGUCUGUAAUUUCUGUGAGUAGGCUACUGUAAGGAAGACCAAAAAAGAGAUGUGGAGGCUCUCCCACUUAGAAGGUCUGAGCUUGGUCUACAGCCCAGACUACAAGACUGACUGCUUGUAGUCUGAGCCACCAGCUGGGACCAACCCUCAGCUCCAGAACCUUUAUAAAGCAGGUCAGCCUGGUUUGAUUGUCCCAGUACCUAAAGGGAGCAAAGAUGGGCUCAGGGACUGAUGAAGUCUACCAUCAGGAAAUCCAGAAACGAAUCUUACCUUUUCAAAAUCAAUCUCAAUGGCUGUUGUCCACAUAAGUUUCCAUACAUGGCUGCCUCUCCUAUUAUCAUAGAAACUCAGCAGCCUGAAUAUUUUUGUGAGAGCUCUUGCUGUUUGGGAUCCUUAUACCUGGUUUGGGUUUGCCCUUCCUUGUGACAAUUUUAAUCCAGAUGCCUUUUCUUUCUCUCAGAGUAAAGCUAGUGCAGGGCCUCAGUGGCUUGCCUGUACCUCUUGGGUGGGUUACACAUGAUAGUAAACCCUGGCUGUUGAUGUUGGGGCUGUAGGAAGUUGUCAGCUAAGUGUAGACCAGCUGUGGAGCUGAUGGUACAAUCUGCCCUGCCCCUGCUUAGUCAGAAGUGUCCUGCUCUGCUCUGCACUUCUCAUCCCGUUUUGGCUCAGGUAAAAUACCCCUCUGCUUAUAUAUCUAAAAUUCAGGUUCUUAUUGUCAACCAUUGGUCUUAAAUUUGUCCUCAGCUUAUCUUUGAAGUCUCACUCCAGAGCCAUUUUCUGAGAAAGGUGGUUUAGAGCUGGUCCUUGAUACUAAAAAAAAUCAUACCAGUGUUAUACUACUUCAGUGAGUCAUAUGCUACUUAUCAGCUUAGCAAAAAUGGCUGCCAACCCCCAAUCUCCUAGGAAGGCAAAGGGUAGGACCUUUUCCAUUUGCCCAGCUGCCUCCAUUACAAAACUGUCUUACAGUUCAUAGAAGAGCCUGCCACCAUCAGCUUUGUCCAAAGGGCAGAGCAAUUUAGUAGGAUCUACUUUGUACCUCAAGCAACAGUUAAGUGCUUGACAUUGAAGCUACAUUCUUAGUGUGAGACAUAAAUGUCCUGCUUUCCCAACUGUUCCUUCAGAAUCUAAUUUGGCUUCAGAUCUGGGUCCUGUACCAGAUGAAGACUUUGUUGGUCAUUGGCUCCUGCUUAAGACUUCAAGGGCUGAAUUCUGGGACAGAUUUCAGAGAAAAGUGACCUCUAAGAGUCUUGUGUCUUCCCUGAACCAUGUUUUCCCCUUAGUCUUUCUUAAGUCCCCUUUUAGUCCACAGAUGUUCUUCCAACCCACAGAAGCAGUUACAUCUUUUGUAUCUUCUCCUCUCCUUUGGCCAUCUUGUGGAGAGCCAUUGUGGACAGCCCCCAUCUGAACUCUAGCCCCUGACCUAAGUGAGGGCAAAGCUUUCUUUCCAGUUUCUGAAUGGUUAUUGCCAGGAUGAAGGGGCUCCCCAGCCUACCUUAAAAGCUAGAGAAGCUGAGGCAUGUUUUUGGAUUCCUUAUAUGUUGGCACGUGGUUCAUACAUCCAUUUUAAGAUCUCUGGUUGGGGUGGAGAUAGCUAGGGGUGGAUUAAGAGAACAAGGGCCCUUUUUCAUGGUUCAUGUAUUCAGAUACUAUUUUGAAUAAUGCCAGCUAUUCUUAUUACCAACUCCUCUAGGCAUCCCAUCCCCAAAUCUUUUCUAGUACAGGGUGUCUGGUCUUAGAAGUCUGUCUUCAGUUGCCAGCCUUCCCCAGAGACUGCCUGGCCUUCAUAUUGGCUGCAGCUUUCUGGUAGAACCAUAUGAAUUCCACCCUUGACUUGCCAGCCUAGUUUUGGGUCUCUGGGCAUAAAUGAACCUUCCAAGUAGGUAGCUUCAGCUUUCAGAGAUCCUUGUUGUUUUCCCUUACCUGGAACUCAGAGAUCUACUGCAUCAAUCCUUCUUGCCCUGGAAGCUAAACUGCACAGAUUUAUAGCUGCUAUUGUUCUUAGUUAAGGCUCUUAGGCACAUACUCUAUUUCUCUGAAGCCAAACCAGUUCAAAAUGGAAACUGUUCAGCAAACUGAACUGUGUUUCCAUUUUCUUAUGGCUUCCUGCCUGGAAAGCAGGAAACCUACCAAUGGAAACCACCCCCAUGUGCCCCUCUUUGAAGGCCUCAGCUCUUUUGUUCAGGCCUCAUCUCUUCCCUAGGCUCACUCAAGUUUGUAUCCAUUGUCUUGGAAUCCCUCAGUAGAUGUAUCUUGUAGGAUCAGAUUUUAGAUUUUCAGUUGAAGGCAGGGAAUCAGCUUCUCCAGGUUGCUCUAGGCAUUCCAGAGAUCCAGGAGGGAGGACAGGCUGGUUGAGGGUUCCCUGGAAGGCUGGAGAACGGUGCAAGAUUUAGUGCACUGACCCAAAGGAAAUGCUCAUAACCACCAACAGAUUCUUCCAGGUAGUACCACCCUAGAAGGUAGUGAGGGUGGGACUGAGAGACUGUUCACAGUGGAUUUCUCCAGGCCACUUAGGAUUUCACAUUCUAGACCAACCUUGUCCAGUAUUUUACUUUUUGGGUUGAUUCUUUUGUUAAACAAGCUGAGAUUUUGGCAUUGCAUGAAUGGAUCCGUGUAUGGGUGGGCAUUAGCUGCUCUUUGGCCAACACCUUUGCAAAUGGUUUGGUAAUCCCAUUGUCUGUCCUCUAGUCCCACCCCUGAGUAAGACCAUAGCAAGAGUUGGGUGCAGUGGAGGCUGAGGCAAGAGGAUCUCAAAUUUGAGUCCAGCCUGGGCAACUUAAAGGGACACUGUCUCAAAGACUGAAAAAGGACUAGGGGCAUAAACCCCUGGGUUCUGUACCCAGUAAAACACACAAAGACCAUAACAACAAUUUGAUGUCAAGAACAACCAAAUCUGUGAAGUAAAACUAUUUUCCUCUGAGAGAAUUUUGCUUCAGGCCUGAACUACUUGCAGGACCAAAGCUGGCAGAAAAGCAGCAUUAAAUUAAAGGGCCCAGAAACACCCUGGGAGAAAGGUUUGUGCAGUUUCUCUGCAGGGACUUAGGCCUACCUGCCUACUUUUGGGCCAGCGUGACUUCUGAUGCCCACAAUAGCACAUACCUAAAUCAUCCUGCUACACACUAGCCCUGCCCGCCUGUGUAGAUUCACUUUUCAACCACUGGGUUUGAGGAGAACUGGAAUCCAUGCUCAGGGGGCUGUGAAGGAAGUCAGAAGCUCAGAUCCUGAGACUGGUUGGGAACCUCUGGCUCAGUAUGUCCUUAAAGAGCCCACACUACAUAAACCCUCAGGCCCAAGAUUUGGGUAUUGGCUUUUUUUAGCUUUUGUGGGAACUGCCUUACAAAACAAGGGAAGGGGACAUGAAGUCUCAGCAACCCAACAGAAUAACCCCCUAAGUUACAGCUAAGGACCCUAAGAAGGUGAAUCAAACCCUUCUGUUUUUCUUUCCAAAAAACUCAUUUGCUUUUAUUUUUCUAAGAACUGUAAACUAUGGCUAUUUUCCACGUUCUCAGGGCCCCUGGGUAGACAGAAAAAGCUUCAUGAUUUCAGAGCAGACAUAGGCCAAGAAACCAUGGCAUUGAGUGUGCUGAGUCCAGACAAAUGAUAUUUAUAUACACAUCCAAAUUUGAAGAGAAAAUGUAUUUCUUUAGGUUUCAAACACUGUAAUAGAUAUAAAGCAAAAAUAAAAACCUGUUGCAAAGUU